GUAGUUGUCAGUAUCACUUUAUAUAUUCAAAUUCAUUAUUGUUAGAUCAAAACUGAAUACACCAGUUCCGUCAAAUUCAUGGAGAAGAGGACGAGAGAAUACCUGCAAGUAACCGACGAACAUUCCGAUCGAGUUGCCGGAAUCAACACCUCUCCCCUGCGACCGGAACUCUCCUACUGCUUCUACGACGACUUGGCACUCAAAGGCAUUCGAGUUGACCAAUUACAACCUGGUUCCAUCUCCUGCUCCUUCACGAUCCCCCCUCGCCUCACUGAUCGGAAUGGAGAUCUGGCGAAUGGCGCGAUUGCCACCUUUGUAGAUCUGAUUGGUGGAGCUUUGUUGCAUGAGAUGGAUGUGCCUAUGAAGGUUUCUGUGGAUAUGUCUAUUUCGUAUCUGUCUACAGCCAAGAUUAAUGAUGAACUGGAGAUUAGUGCAAAGCUUCUGGGUGGAAAAGGAGCCUAUAAUGGAACUCUUGUUCAUGUAAAGAACAAAGCUUCGGGUGUGUUAAUUGCUGAAGGACGGCAUUCAUUGUUUAGUAAACCAGUUAGCAAAAUUUGAUUUGAUUUGAUUUUAUUUGUGAUAGUAAUGAAUUAUUAUAUGAGGAAAGUGAAUACGGUCCUGGACGUGUCUAACCUUAGAUGCUAAACCCAUCGAUACUAAACAAUUUUAAGUCUCUAACCGACCCAACUCGACUAGAAAUCUGAAUUCGAGUCCCAACUUCUUGAAA